AUGGCCUCCGAACCACCGCCGCCGCCCCGAGGUGGUGGAGGCCUGUCUCUCUACGCCAACCUGCUCGAGCCCGAAGGCGGUGCCGCAGGGUCGAUAUCACGCGCGCCUGUCCUGUCGCAACAAGCCAUAGACGCCGUCAAAGAGCAGGAAGCUGCUAGGAAGCCCGCCGACUCGGCCCUGCGGUUCCAGCCCUACCAGCAGAUCCGUCGCCCACAACAGAAGACACAGAAGCCCAAGGCUGGCUUCCCUAAAGCACCACAGCCGCCGCCACCGGCUACGAGUAACGAUAAUGCCACGAAUACCUCGGCCCCAGCAACAGCUCCGCCUGUACCAGCGAAAAGCAGACUGGCCGACUGGGCGGCAACGCAAGACGACGAGUAUAUGUACAGCACGGGCGAGAAAAGGGCGCGUGGUGGGCGCAAGAGGAAGAAGAAGAAGGGCGACUUUGCGCCUGUCGAGACCGACUGGGACGAGAUAUAUGACCCCUCGCGGCCUACGAACGUAGACGAAUAUCUGCGCAGCGACGAGCGGAUACGUGAAGUACAGGAGUGGAAGGCUUUGCUCUACAGACAUCGACGCCGGGACGACGAGAGCCGGGGAAGCUGGGACAGCGAAGACGACGAAGACCGCGCCGUGCAAAGCCAAUUCGCACCGCCAUCGGCAUAUUCGUUUGCGCCGCCGCCGCCUUCACCUCCACGCGCCUCCAUACCAGACGACAAUACAGGUGACGAUGCAUACGCACGGCGUCUAGCCGCAUCCCAAGGCCAAACGCCUCCACCCCCUCGCUCUCCGACUCCUCCACCCCCUCGCUCUCCGACUCCUCCACCACCACCACCACCGCCGCCGCCAGAACCAGCCGCCGCGACCAUCUCUCGGGAACCAGUACGGUACACACGGCCGGAGCCGCCAUCCGAGCAGCAAGCCCCUGCCGAUGGUAACGCCAUGGAUGAAGAUGGGGAAGAGUAUGUGCCAGAAGAGCCUUCCUCCGAAAACCAACCCCGCAACAAUCGCCCAGGCCAAAAGGGCUUCGCCGCCCGUCUCAUGUCCAAGUACGGCUGGUCCAAGGGCCAGGGGCUUGGCGCAGACCAGAGUGGCAUUGUCCAACCGCUACGCGUGGAGGUUGAGAAGCGCAAGAAGAAGCCCGACGCCGAGGGCGGCGGAUGGGCGACACCAGGCGGAGCUCGCGGCCGCGUCAUCGGGUCCAAGACCGCCGCCGAGAAGAGCGGUACCAACAGCGGCAGUACGGGCAGCGGCAGCAAGUUCGGCCCUAUGAGCAGUGUCGUGGUGCUUCGGAACAUGCUCGACGGCAUGGAGGAUCUCCAGGGCGAGAUGGAGAGCGGGCUGGGUCAGGAGAUUGGCGAGGAGUGCGGUGACAAGUACGGCCGCGUCGAGCGGCUCUACAUCGACGUCGAGGGCCGGCGGGUGUACAUCAAGUUCACCGACCAGGUGUCUGCUCUGCGGGCAGUCAACGCCCUCGACGGCCGCGUGUUCGCCGGCAACACCAUCAUGCCGCAGUUCUACGACGUCGACAAGUUCGAGCGGAGGCUCUACGAGUGA